AAGAUGCAUCGAUGAGUUCCUCGCUGGCUGUCAAGCUCAUCAGCUAGAGAUGUACUGUGACUACUUUGAGAAUGCGUGGCGUCCUAGGCAGUUCAAUACUUGCGUGUCGUGAUCUGUGCACAAACGCUGGCUGGAGGCGAUAUCAAGUCAAUACGUCUGCUUGGUGGUGUUAUCCCCAGUUCAACGGAGGGUUUGCGCAUGGCUAAGCCCGCUUGGGACAUCCUCUACCGUUGGUUCCCAACUCUACUGACGCCCUGGACCGUCGCAAGUAUCUGCUCGAACUUCGAGGACUACACCACGAUCUGUAAGCUCCUGAUGCUCGGCAUGUAUAAUGAGCAUUGGUUCGAUCCGACGAGUAUAUUAAGUGAAUGCACUACUGGUGUAUACCUUGGUUUCGUCCCGACAUGUAAAGGCGAUUACACGUCGAGUCUCAGAUUGAAAAACGAGACCAGAGCCUACGUCCAUGUCGAAUCCCGAAAUUAUCUUUGUGGACAGAUGGCUAUGGGUGGUGGUUUCACUCGGGAUUUCUUGGAAGAGCUGCGCAGACGAACGAAUCGACUGCACCUUGUCGUAUACGAAGGCACCAACGCAGAAGCCACCGUGCACCCGACAGAACCAGAGCUCUUCAUGGAUCGUUACCGAUCUGCGUCGACACGUGAGGGCCUGCACGAUGCACCAUGGACUACAACCAUGACGCUGGAGGAUAUCAAGAAUCAGCUGCGGCUAAAGACGUCGAUGUACGACCCCAUUGUGGUUGACUCGUGGCAGUUCAUCAUCAUCGAUCGUGAGGUUGGACAGCCAUUUGAACUUUUGGACAUAGUCCAAGACGCCCUGCUGAUGCUGACGGGUGAUCCUUCCCCACGGUCAGUUGCAAAACGUGUUAUUCGCAGCAUCAUACCGCCAUCUAUCCAAGACAUAUUCCUUAAAGAAAUGAUCAUCGGGUGCUCGCCAGAUCUUCGGUAUCCUCCGCCUCACGACGUCCAAUAUGAUGGCAACCGCUUCAGAUGUUAUGAUCCCGACCACAGCAUGAUUACAACUGUGCAACGGGCUUCAGCAUCUGAGAAGCUUACGCGCAACGAGAACCGUUUUAUUCGAAGGGUCGUCGAGGAUAUGGAGCGAUUAGGCAUCAUCACUCUACUUCCUGACUGGGAAGAGCCACAAUCUCAGCCCGUUCUAAUGCAGGGCUCAGAUGGUGCACUCGAUUUGUACUUCCCAUACGAUCAUACCAAGCUGGCGUUAGAUGGCCAACGUGUAACCUCCUUGCCGUUUCCAUCAACCAACUCUCUGGAAGAUUUUGCGAAAUCGUGGAAGCAACAGUUUCCGAGCGGCAUCAUGGCCAAAGGCUCCAUUCAAACGCACUACUGCGCAUGGCCCAUGCCCACGAUGAAAAGUCUAGGCAACACAGGAUCAAAUUUUACUACACCAGAGGGGCAUGUUUACCACUGGAACGCUAUGCGAAAGUUUCUGUGUGGAGGUUUUCAACUCAGGUACUAACAGUAAGCCACAGCCUUCGAUCGACCCUGGCCUGCACACACCUGGCAGUACUAUCCUCAGCACCAUAUCAACAAGAAAUACACAUUCGUGUACUUUUACCAAUCCACGUUCAUCAUUUGCGCCAUGGAUGAGCAAGACGCGGAGCUCAAAUCCGCAGAGCUGCCUGAAGAAACAGAAGAUCGCGGUUGGCGAAUAACGAUACCCAAGAUCACGAACUGGAAGUCCAAGGUUGAGGAGUUGAAGCUCGAUGCAUUAUACAGCGGAAUUCGACCUGCUGAUGAUUUUUAAGUCAGUAGUCCUAGUUUUGUCUUUGCG